AUGUUCCACGACGCUCUCAUUAUCGGCGCGGGGCCCGCCGGUCUAGCUACGGCGACUGCCCUCUCCCGUCAGCUCUAUACCUCGGUCCUCUUCGACUCGGGCCUGUACCGCAACGCCCGCGCGACGAAUAUGCACAACGUCCUCGGCUUUGACCACGUCUCGCCCGCCGUCUUCCGCGCCAAGGCCAGGGACGACAUCAUGUCUCGGUACGCGGAGAGCGUGACCUUUGCCGAUGUCGAGGUCCUGAAGACGUCCAAGGUCAGGGAGGGACUCUUCAAGGUGGAGGACGCACAGGGAAAGACGUGGUUUGGCAGGCGGCUGGUGCUGGCUACCGGCGUGACUGAUAUAAUGCCGGAUAUCCAGGGUUAUGGGGAUUGCUGGGGUCGCGGGAUCUUUCACUGUCUCUUCUGCCACGGCUUCGAAGAGCGCGGGGCGGAGAGGGUUGGCGUUCUGGCGUUCGGUAUGACGGGGAACCUGAAGAUGGCGACGCACAUCGCAUACAUGGCGCGUCCCUUGGGGAAACAAGUCACAAUCUACACAAGUGGCAACUCGUCUCUGGCCUCAGAUAUUGCUGCACUAGCCAACAACCCCUUUAAACUCGACGUCCGCAAGAUCACAAAGAUGCGCAUGGCUCGCGGCGACGACGGGCACCACGCAAGCGUCACGCUUACCAUGGAUGACGACGAGGAAGUCACGGAGGGAUUCCUAGCUCACGCGCCAUUCACAAAGGUCAACGGUCCUUUUGCGGAGCAGCUGGGACUGGAGAUGGCGGAGAACGGGGACAUCAAGACGACGCCGCCGUUUGGCGAAACAAGCGUUGGCGGGGUGUAUGCAGUCGGAGAUUGCGGAAACAUGAUCAAGGCUGUCGCACCUGCAAUGACAAGCGGAGCGCUUUGUGCGGGUGGGAUGGUUGUGCCGUUGCAGUCAGAGCCGAGAGCCGAGCUGGAUGUCGAGGCGACGGAGAAGGUCAUUGGGUGA